AGAGACAACAGAUAUUUGGAGUCCCUUUCUUUUUUUGUCUCCCUUCUUUUUUUUUUUUUUUUUUUGGAAACAGUCAGUCAGCCUGGACCGGAAAUUCUUCCUCUUUACCUUGCCCAUGCGCCUCCUUACUCAUUCUACAAUUUGUCUCCAUUGUUGACAUUCUUUUCAUGAACCUGAUCUUUGAUCUUUAUGCACCAUUAGGCGACCCCUUUUACCGUCGCAGCAGUGCUUAUUUUCUCUCCCCUCCCCGCACCAUAUUUUGAGGCCGUCACCAGAAUGUUGUUUGCCUUUAAUGCCGGACCUUUGUGUUACUAGGUAGCCUCAUUGCGGCUACUACAUACCGAUUUUACUCGCCAAACUUCAGCUUCGCAUCGAUUAGCUUAGCUUUACCACAUUUCUCAGGCUUUGCGCCGGGUAAAAAAAAAACCCCUUGACCAACCAUGGAAGGGGUUUUGCUUGUUCCCCCAGACCGGGGAACCAUAAUUGGGCGGGCUAUGUGGAAGCCCCGAUUCGUCGUGGUCGGUCUGCAGAGGCGAUGGGAGCAGCCCUCAUCCGUACCCGGAAGAAUGACCAUGCCAAAAGACAAUCAGCCCAUUUUACCUUUUUUGACCAUCUUCAAGUCCAAGAACGACACUGAGCCCAUCCAACAACAUGCCCUCUCCUCUAUUACAGAUUGUCAAGUCCAAGUGAUUGCACACAAGAAACAAGGACAAGUCGCCCCGACACUAGUGAUCACAGUCGCACCGGAUCCAGCAACAGAUAAACUGAGAAAGCGUCGCUCGAGUCGCGCCGCCGGUCUGACCAGCAGCAAGGAGUCCUCGGGAAACACCCUUUACUUUCGGACGGGGGAUGAGACAUUGAGCUUACAGGAUUGGGAGCGAUACAUUCAGGGGCAAAUGCAGAGAACGUCGGGACCGCCACAGGGAUCCGGCGUACCUCCGAGCCCAAUGAGCCCUAUGAUGAGUCCCAUCUCGCCGACCUUUACGAACCCCUUCGCCGGCGGUACACGGUCAAGAGAUCCCUCUGACUACUUUCCCAGACCACCGAGUGGGGCCGCCUCGGCUUCGCAAUCACAGUUUACCAGGGGUACAGGUUUGAGCCACAAGAACUCGAACCAAACAUACUCGAGCCGUGAGCGGCCCAUGACAUACUCAGGCUCACCCAGUCUGCGCUCCAAACGAAGCGAUGUAUCCUCGCAUGCUAGUUUCAUGAACCACACUCACCACCAGUCAUAUACGCAACACGGCGGCUAUUACACCGCCGCACACCCCGCAGAUCUGCCAUCACCAGCCACUACAGUUCCCGAUCACGGUGUCGAGUUUAUCGAAGGUUGGACUGCUGCCCAAGGUAGAUCUUCGGCCCUCAACUCCCCAAUCCGGGGUCGUGACAGCAUCAGCUCUCAAGUCACAUCGCCGAUUACAGCUAAUGCUCCCGCAGCGCCCUCAGUUGCCACGAUCGAAGCAAGCUCACCACCAGGACCUCGGGAAACAAUUCUCGACAGGGCUUUUCAGAUGCGCUGUAUUCCUGGAUCUGAGAAGGAAGUGCCUGGUGAAGAGAAUCUGAGCUCUUUGGCUCGCUUUGAAGCACUCAUGCGGGAAAUGGACAAGAAGCGACAGUCUAGGGAGGCGGAAGAGUGCAAGAGGGCGCGUCAACAAAAGCAGCAACAGCUUGAACCGCAACCAGGGGCACCUAAAAGUGGGUGGGACCAGGACGACGAGUCCAGUGAGGAUGAGUCUGAUUUGGAGGACUACCGACGGAACAACAGCGACGCCAAACACUUUUCAAAGCCUCGCGGUGGCUUGCAGCGGGGUCAUAGCUACAGCCACAGCAUCACGGCCCAGAAUGGUGGCUUUGCCCACGAGGUGGAUUUGGAUGACGACGAAAUCGUCAUUCCCCCUGGGGCACAACGGGCCUUGGAUUUUAUUACCACCGGUCGCAGUUCCCCUGCGGUUCAGUCUCCUGUGAAUCUGGCCAGCCCAAGGAGUCCGGUGGAGUAUCAUCAUGGCUACGACAAUUUGAUUCCGUCAAUGAACAACAGUGUGUCUUACCACGAUCCGCACGAACACUCCGGGACUGUCGCUCAAACAAUGUACAGGCAACACGAGGUAGCGGAGAGUACCAUGAACCGACCGCAUAUGCACUACGGAGUCCAGCAGCCGAACUUUCCAUCAUCUGGUACAGCAACACCAACCGAUCACAUGACCUCUAUACCGGCGUCGUUGCUGGGAGGUUUGUCACGGCGCAAUACGUCCGAGAAGCGCAACUCGGCCUCGAGCUCGAAACGCAUCAGUUUUACUGAACAAUUGACAAGGAGAUUGAGCAGUACAAGCAGCCUUUUGCUUCAGACAAACCAUGAGAAAUCUUCAACUGGUCGCACAAGCCAUGACGGAGAAGCGAACCAAUCCUCAUACGGUUCGAGGUCAGCCACUUCGCACCCUCGCGGGGUCAUACCUUCUUCGCAUGCACCCCCGGGCCCAUCGGAACGUGAGUGGGAGAAGAAGUGUGGUUGGCGCGGCAGCGUGGUCAUUGGCAACGAAGGCGGUUUUCUUUGAACAUACCUUGCCCCAGCAUUGAUUCUCACGACUCUGUCUCCUUUUCCGCGCUUACUGCGCGACGAUUUUUUUUCUUCUUUUAUUCGAACAUGAGCACUUCACGCUUCUGCUGUUGGGAUGUAACGAUGAAUCAUCUUCUUUUCUAGGGCAUCUGAACUGGUCAUGGAAAGGACAACGACCCAAAAAUCACGUUCGCGCCAUCUGUUGAGAUAUACCCUUUUUUUUCUGCUUUAUUUCCUUCUUACGACCAUCAUGACCAAGUUUUACUGCAAUCUCUGUAAUUAUUAGGAGCAGCGGGGGAGGGAGUAGGAUCUAGAACUACUCGUGUGGGAAGGCGUCGGGGCAUUUGUAGAGGUUAACUCGCAUCUCGGAACUUCUCAUACUCAUCUCAAGAGUUUAAUGAUAGCACUUUUCCAUGUCUCAAUCUCAAUCGCCUUGAACCUAUGGCCUGUGUCCUGGAGAUUUGUUGAUGACCAGAGCCAACCAACGCUUGAUUGCAGGCUCAAUGCUAACGGGGACCAUCUUUGGCAAAAUCAUCUAUCUCAUGCUUGCUGCUAGCCAAGCAAGCGACGAGACCGCGAGCAAGGCAUAUCAGACCCUGGGCGGUUUACUCUGGACCAGAGUUGCUGUCCUACACAGGUAUGCUACCACCGGAGCUGCAGAUAUUUUGGGGUCCGAUGACCCCUUUCUUCUCCUUUUUUAUUCUUAUUCUCUUUUACUUUGACGCGCUCACCUGUUCUCUAUCCGCAGCCGAUCGGCAAAGAACUUCAUGAUGGGCAGUAUCUCAUCCCUACUCUCAGGCAUUCCAUCGUGAGGCUUCUUCCACGUCGCCACCUCGACGUUGUCAAACUCCUUCUUGACCACCUCGACGGCGUCAUCGUCAAGGUCCUCGCUCUCCCGACCACGGCACAGAAGCACAGGCGUCGAGGCCUUGGGCCUGUUGCUAACGGUCGGCACCAUGGACUGCGGGAGAGGGCCGCCGACCGAGAUGACGCCCUUGAAGGCGGAGCCUCUGCCGCGGGUGCCGCCAGCACCACCACCAUCAUCAUCAUCAUCAUCACCAUCAUCGCCUUGUGUGACGUCGACGACCUCGGGCCCCAUCCUGACGCUCGAC